CUCCAUUAUUGAGACAUAUCAUAAGUUUAAAACGAUUGAUCAGUUCAACAAAGCCACUGAAACGAGCUAGCUCGCGACCUUGUCAAACUCAACAAUGCUUACCUCAACCUCGACUCGUAGUAAACGAGUCGAGUAUCGAACGAGAUUUUCUCGAACCGAACAUCGAGCCGCUCGUGAACAACUCAGCUCAUUCGCAAAUCGCGGCCCUACUGAUGGCCCCUAGACAUCUAUAGUCUACUUAUGAUAUAUAAUCAAAUGACACAUAAUUGUAAUUAUAAUUUAACGUGUGUGUUGUAGCUCUAGCUUAAUUAGGACCACACAUCGUGGAGAUUAUAAUGAUCUCUUAGCUAGGCUAUCUAGGUCUGUUGUGUAGAUAAUGUAUUAAAUAACCAUCUCGUUUCAUUAUUACUACGCACCUAGCUUAUCAUUAUUACCAUUUUGGUAGUACGUAAUCAAAAACCAUGAUCAAUGGUGAAGUCAAGACUUGAAGGGAGUGUUAGAAAUCAGAAAAACCCUUUUGUCAGAGGAUAAAUCAGUAGGCUGUAUUUAGCGGUAUGAAGUGGUUGAACCAUGGUUAAACCACGAUUUUAGCAUAAAAUAUCCUAUCGCUAACUUUUUCUGGUACAACCUCCGAUACGAUAUUUCAAUCCUGCUUGGAACUGAUACUUUAUCGUUAUGCCACUUUUCUUACCGUAUGAUCUAUAUUUACUAAGAAAGAACACUAGCUAGCUAGAUUGUUUCAUUGCUUCUAAUUAUUUGUCUACUCUCACUUAGCUGCGAUAGCGAUAAGUCGAUCGACUGAAGCAAGAAAACCUUCGUCUCUUUCUGUGAUGGGAAAUCGCGCAAAUAUUGUAAAGGGGGAAUGGUCCAAAUUUCUAAAGGGUUAAUAUGUAUAUGUACGUAAACCACCAAGCAUGCAUGUGACGAUGUUUAUUAUUACUACGUACACUGUCGAAAUAUGUAAAUAAUAAUAAAUUGGCUGUUUGGAAAUGAAACCAUUAAUCGACUCUUUUCUCGGACCACACCCACAUCACAUUAUUGUAGUACUCCUCGAUCCUUAUAUUACUGUUUCGUCUGUCAAGAACCAGUUGGUCCCAAUAACUCGAGUUGUUGGGAGAAUGUUAUGCUCGAUCUUAUACCAUUCUCUAACACGCCUCCUCAAACGAAAGUCAACCCAUUGCUUGAAGUUUGCACAGGCCCACAAUACCAUGUGCUUUAAUCAACGGUUAAUAUCGGGGGUCGUGGAGAUUCGAACACACGACCACUUGACCAAAUCAGCUCUGAUACAAUAUCAUAAACCAGUUGCUCGAUCUUAUACCAUUCUCUAACAUCGUCGACAACCUACAUAAGUCUUCUCUUAUGCACCAUCUCUUCGAUUUGAUGACUCUUAGUACGUACCAAGUUGUGUUAUUAUUUCCUAGCUUAGCUAGCUAGGUUUUUGUGGUUGUCUUGCAUUUAUACAUCUUACCUAAAAGUAGGCGACGAGUGAUGGGGAUUUUAUGUAAGCUAGGUUGCUGGUGUUAUUUGUUCAAGUAUCAAUCAUCAUUAGUUGAUGUUAAUCAUUCUUAUUCCAAACGAUCCAUAAUAUAAUGAUAGUAGUGGCGUUGUUUUGCUCAGUGUGGUUAGCGGUUAGCCACUACUCGACGAAUGAUUGGUUAUAGUGGUUAACUGAUAAUUAUUAGCAUAAUUUUCAUUCUGGAAGCCAAGCCACUAUAUAUAUGCUGUUAGUGGUACUGGUGACCAGUUAAUUAGUUAUCAAAAUAUUUAUCGAUCGUUAAUUGAUAAGUGUGAUUAAUUAGCUGUCUUAACUGGUCAUAUGGGCUGGAGCUUUUAAUCGGUGAGAUUGGAGUUCUUCAAAUCACAUUCGAUACAGACAGCUAGUUAGGCUACACACAUUUUGAGUCUUGAGUACUUGUUCUGUGUGUUCCACCACAAUUUGGCUAUGGUGCUAACAGUAUGUUCAGUCGGUUCACAUGUUGAAACGGGAAAAGAUAUUGAUGGAACAAAGUGGACCACGAUUUUUCUAACGGUCUGGUCUAUUUUCUCAGCCCUACUAAUACUGAUACAUCAAUUCUAGACAACCGAACUCGUGAUCAAUUGGUCAUGAAUUCUUGCACUGUUAUUGUCACUUGUUCUUCUUAUCCUUCGUCGUCAUCUUCUUCAUCAUCUUUCAAAUGCAGACAUUCUAGUUAGUACGAAAAUCAUUGGAAAAUCCGAAAGAAAUGGUCUGUCCCGUGGGCAACAACGUCAACAUGAUCCUACAAAUCGGCAACUAACUUAGACGCCAAAACAUGUUGUGACGAGCCUCGUUUCCCCUAAGCUGGGAAUCUACGCAGGCAAUUACGAACUAAUUAAGAAACAACAUAACACCUCAUUGUCCUAUGAUAUCGAGCUAAGCUUUAAAGCCAUCUAAUUAAUCUCGUUUUCUUCAUGAUUAACCACAAAACGAAAACUAACCGACUUGUUUGAGCUAUAUAUAUUUACUAUAUUUCGGCGAAGGAACCAAAACAAGAAAGUCGAUCAAUAUAUGAUUUGUCACGAGUUUCUUUCAAGACAACUUCAAUUGCGAAACUUACACGAUAUAAAACAAGAACACAAUGUUAGUCGCGGAUGGAACAAAGGGACCUAGAGAUAAGAAUAUGCUUUAAUUUGUGACUAGAACAAGAGGGCCGGGGGAAAAUGGUAGCUAGCUUAGCUAGAAGGAACUAGGGUGUGUCAUGGGUUGGUUUGUAAUAUAAUCGAUUCAAAGUUGAUAUUUGGAUCUGUUCAAGUCGUAUUGAAUAUAAAACAAUCCGGGUUUUCAUUCUUAUGGAUAUUAAUUAUGAAUAACUCAAAAGACAAAUUAUCUAUAUCAUCGACUAAAAGUCAUGGUGUACGGACUUAUACACAGUGGGGCGGACCCAAUAAUUUUACAUAGAGGUGUCAUUUUAAAAAAAAAAUUAAAUAAAAAAAAUCGUAAAUAAGAAUAUAUCUUGCUCAUACAGGUUACAAAAAGUUCAUGAUGUAUUUUCAUAUUCAGAAAUAAUUGUAGAAUACACUUGGUGUCUACAGUGUUAAAAUUUUUUUGUCUCUAUAUGCCCUGCUAAACAAUAAUUCACGAACUGAUCGCAUAUUCGAUUUGUAAAGUCGUUUUUUAUGUAACUCAAAGCUGAAAGACUCUUUCAACACUUGUCGUACAACCAUAAAAUCAAUACAAAUUAAGGAUAGCUUUAAAUGAGUUUAUUAAUUGUUAGAAUUGGAAAAAUAUUAGAGAUAGGGAAUGGCAUUCUACUAUUACACAAUGUUCAAAAUUGAACAACAAAUGAGUUGUAGGCUUGUAGCUUAAUGGAAAUUAUGUUUUAUUAAUAAUAGUAGUGUUCUAGAUUUGAUUACCCAACCUAGCACUUAUAUUCCCAUACACAAAUUAAAAAAAUGACAGUAGGAUAAUCAUUUUUUCAAAUUUCAAGGGUGUCCCUCACUGUCAAUUAUAAUUUUUUUGCCCGUACGUAAAUUACCACCGAAUGUUUGAUAAUCGUUUUCCCAAAAUUUGGGGGUAUCUCGGGAACCCCUAAACCCCCAUUGGGUCCGCCCCUGCUUAUACAAAUAUGCUAUUAUGUUAUGGAUAUUUGUAUCUUUUCCUUUCCGGGUUGGAUUAGGAUAAGACCAUUUGGACAAUGUGCUAUGUAUAUAUCAAUCUUCUCAUCUCUCUGUAAUAUGUAUCUUCUCAAAGUAUAGUGAAGCUGGUGUCUCCAGCCGGCAGAUCAACUAAGACACAUCGUAUAAAUGAACCACGUAAAUUUAUGUCUUCCUUACUUUCUUGCAUUGUCGAUUUCUCAUUCCGACAUGACAUUAAAACACUAAUGGAAAUAUGAUCGAUCGUAUCAUCGGUUCCCAAUCCACAAAUUUUAUUUUACUUUUGGAUCGUGCAUUUUCAGGUCCGGUUUUGUACACCUCUACCUACUUUUGAAUACUAUAGACACGAGAAGCAGGAAGAGAGGGGAGGAAACAAGGACUUGUUAGCUAGCUGUUACUAUGCCAAGAAAAAAAAGAUGCCAAAGAGACGAGAGUAGAUUCCUUCACAAAGCGAAAGAAUAUCCCAUUCCGAAGAUGCGAAUCUCCUUCCUUAUCCACUCCUCCCUCCUCCAAAGCUCCCGGACAAAGCAAAUCCAAAAAAAGCAUCGACAGACAACUGUCUUACCUAUAUUGUUGGAAACCCACUGAAAUCUGAUUUAUUGCAUACUCUUUCCAUCUAUAGCUAUUAAAUGAUUGAUGUGGAGGACUAGGUUUGCAUCGUAUGUUUCGCCAAACAUGGAGAAUUGGAGAUCAUGGCCACCGUCGGAUCGUGUGAGUGCAGUGAUCUUGAUCGUCGAAUGAACACGAAUCGGUUACGAUCGACCAAAGUCUGUGUAUAUUCACUGACGAAGAUCGUCACACUACCAACAAUAGUAGUUAACUAUAGUCGGUCAAACAAUAGGUGCAGAUAAGACGAGAAUAAGUUAGAGGGGUCUGGAAUCACAGGAAUCGAAUGAAACGUCCAUUGAGAAUUCUCCCACCCCGAACAAGGUGCGAUGCGAGAUUCAUCAUUUCGUUGAAUCUCCUUACGUUUCAUUAUGAAAACUAACAAAACUCACAUUUAUUAGAAAGCGUAUCCACUAAGCAAAUAUAUACGAUGAAUCACCUAUCAUCAUGAUUGAACAUGUGGUUAAUACUUUUAAGUCAAACCAACUUCUUCUUCGUCGAUUCCUUCCUUUUUUAAGUUUGACGAAUGACUAAAAAAUCCAAACUCUCGAAUUAUCAAGAACAACUAUACUCGUUAAUCAUCCUAUCGUUAUCAACCCCGAUACAACAGUUGAUGGCUUGGAUGGGCAUGUGCUUCUUGCCGUGGGUGCAGCAGCAUUAUGGUAUCUCGGAUCCUUAUCUUGCAGAACUCAUUGCAGCUAUGUAUGCAAUCUCUCUUACAACUUCUAGAAGUUUGUCUCCGGUUAUCAUCGAAGGCGAUGCAGAAGUGGUCAUCCGUCAGCUCAAGCUUCGAUUGGUGGAGGAUUCUAUUGGUGGCCCCAUUCUUCGAGAUUGUUGUUAUCUUCUUGAGUCUUGUUCUCUUUGUAUAGAAUUUAGGGAUGUUCCGCGGACUGUCAACUGGGCUGCUCAUAGAGUGGCACGUAAAGCCCUGCUGCUGUCCCGAUUAGAGUUAGUUUCUUUUGACUUUGUUGGUUGGCUUGUAAGUGGGAUGAGAAGAGAUUGUGGGUAGAAUCGGUCCAAUUGAAACAAGUUGACCUGCCAACGGGGUUAGUAACGGAAAUUGGAGAGGGAAACGAAGCAGGGAAUAUUCGUUGAAAGGCGGUUUGGAAUUAUGCCGAAUCCGUCCGCCUCGAGAUUCACCGCCGCCGCGUAAAAAUCUGUUGGCUCCACCCCUUUCCAUCUCCGCCGAUCACCUCUCUCUCUCUCUGUCGUCACCACCGCCACCGCCACUGAUUUAUCUAAAAUUAAAAUAAAAAAUAAGAAUUACUUUUGUGGUGCGCAGUUGGGACCGUCUUUCCUCCUCAGAGCAGGGAAUAAAACCAAAAGAUAUACCCUUUCACAAGAUGAAAAUUGGAUAUUACCUUGGAAUAUUCUCCCCCCUCUGCUCCUCCUCUGUUUCUUCUUCUUCCCACCAACAGCACUUAUAACUAUCCCCCUUCCUUCCUUUUCUUCCCCCCCAUUUCUCCCCUCUUCUUUAAUUGCCUUCCCAUUCUCUCUCCGGCGAAACCGACUCUGUAACGAUGAAGUUCGGCAAAAGCCUCAGCACCCAGAUCGACGAGACUCUGCCCGAGUGGAGGGACAAGUUCCUCUCCUACAAGGAGCUAAAAAAGAAAUUGAAGCUCAUCGAGCCCAACAACAGGGCCGGCGACGGCCCAGGAGAUAGGCCCGCCAAGCGGCCGAGACUGGACGGCGGCGUGACGGAGGAGGAGAUCGAUUUCAUCAAGCUUUUGGAAGACGAGCUCGAGAAGUUCAAUUCCUUCUUCGUCGAGAAAGAGGAAGAGUACAUCAUCAGAUUGAAGGAGCUGCAAGACUCCGUAGCAAGAGCGAAGGACUCGAACGACGAGAUCAUAAAGAUUCGCAAAGAGAUUGUCGAUUUCCACGGAGAGAUGGUUCUGCUCGAGAACUACAGCGCCCUUAACUACACAGGACUGGCAAAGAUACUGAAGAAGUACGACAAGCGAACCGGGGCACUAAUCCGGCUGCCAUUCAUCCAGAAGGUCCUGCAGGAGCCCUUCUUCACCACUGACUUGCUGAACAAGCUAGUGAAGGAGUGCGAGACGAUGCUCGAUCGCUUCUUCCCCGUCAAAUUGGCAGCAUUGGGAGCAUCAAGCCGGGGUAAUUCGAGCGAUGAAGAUGGCGACGAUGCAGGUCCUUCGACCUCAGCAGCUGCUGCUGCAAGCAAUGUUGAGGACGGGGUGCUUAACGUGCUCCCCAAGGAACUGGCGGAGAUCGAGCAGAUGCAGAGCCUGUACAUGAAGAGCUCGAUGUCGGCGCUGAGGAUCCUGAAGGAGAUUCGCAGCAGGAGCUCCACGGUGAGCGUGUUUUCGCUGCCGCCGAUUCAGGUGAGUGGUGGGUUGGAGGAGCCUUGGAACAAAGUUGCCAUCUUGGAGCAAGUGGCCAAGUAGUAGUAAGUGGAACAAGAAGAUGCAGAACAGUUUACAGGAUAUGUCUUGUAAAAUUUGCUUUGUUCUAAGUUUUUGAUUGUUUGAGUAGCUACCCACCUGUUUCAUGCAGAGCUUUUGUGCAUGGAGUUAGAGAAUGAUGGAAAUUAUAUGAUACUAACACAGAAGAGAGAUGGUGUAAAGUACUAGAAAGUGAAGGAAUCAAAACCAAUUAUGUCAGUUUAGUAUAACCAAUAUAUACUAUUUCUUUUGUAUGCAUCAAAUUUGUGCUAAGUUUUGAUUUGACUGUUUAUAGUUGAUUCUGGUAUUGUACUGAGGGUGUCUGCAGAAUGUCUUUUUCCCAGAGUCUAGUUUAUUGGGAGAUGGGUUUGGGAAUGCAAUUUGGAGAUGAUUUCCUUUCUACUUUUAGGUUAUAAGAACAUGAUGUUAGAUUCCCCACCAUUGAUAAAGCUUUGGCUGGAAGGCUUUCAGGGUGUGUGAGAAUUCACUCUUGAAGGUUGCUUUUGCUUGAAGGUUCCGUGGAGCAAAAGCAAUCCCAUGAUAGUUGAUUCGCAGUCAAGCAAAGGAUUUUAGGUUUAGGAUAUGAUUUGCAGGAGAAGGUCGUUGGAAUUGGCUGUGGGUAGUUGCUGCUGUCCCUUGACAUGGCGACUCUUCUUUGUCAAGAUAGGCAAGUGGGUCAUAAACCAACCGGUAUGAAUAAUUCGAGUUAUUAGAAGAAGUCUAUGUAUAGAUCUUACCUUACCCAUGUCGUCAAUUGACCUGGAAAUUGGAAUGGCUCUGAUCUCAGGCUCUUUCAAUCCUAAAAUGGAUUGGGGGUCGAGUUACACUACCAUGAUAAGUGUGACAUGUUGGAAAGGAAAAAUGAGAACAUACAUAUCCACUCGAUCAUGCUUGCUUAUCUUUUUUGGAUGAAAAUCAUGCUUGCCUAACUUGAGAACUAAAUCGACUCCAUCCGCCAGCUCCUUUUGCCGUUUGAUUUAAGAUUCUGGAAAUGCUUGUGGAAUCUUCCCUUAUCUUACAAAUUGAAGGUUUUUUUUUUUGUUGGCAAAUGGUGCAGAGUUUCCUCUCGAUUCGAGAGAUGCUAUUGACUAAAACAUUGGUCACUGACAGUACGUAUUCAUUUGUCAUGACGAUACAGAAUUCAUUACUCAUUCUCGUCAUAAAUUGUCGUGUAGCUACGGAAUUAUGGGAGCUGGUUGGUUUAGGAUUAGGGUUAGGCUCUCUCCUCUUGGUCAUAUUGACGGUUGACAUAAUUUGUUCUUUGAUGGUCUCCAAUGUUAGUCUUGUUGGCGUUUAUGGCAUCCCGUUGUUGGCAGUCCGUAAUAAGCUUUCUAAAUUUCUCGUUCACUUUUACUCCUUGCUGGUUUGCCAUGGUUGUACAUUUAGUGACUAACAACGCCCUUUCAUCGACAAUUCGACUAUUUAUCGACUGUCACGUUUAAUUGCUUAUUAUUCUUGGACAUUUUAUCUAUCAUCUAUGACCACAAAAAAUAAAGUUAUCAUGAGAAGGAGCAGAAGCUUCAUAUAUAUGGAGUUUGAAAAUUUCUCUUAGCAUCAUGAGAAACACAUUCGAAAAUUGGUGAGUGCUUAUACUAUAUGAGAAUACCCACGAUGUUAGGUCUUCAGCCAAUUAUAAAAUGGGUCAGACAUGUCUGUCCAUUUGGCUUUGUCACAGUCCACUAAUAUGCAAUACAUUUCUGUAUUUUUCAAUGUGUGGAUAAAAUUUCUAGCUUCUUCCACCUAAUAGAUGUAUAAAUAAUGCAUCUCAUU